AUGGCCGACUAUAUCAGCGACACGCCUAACCAGAGCGCGCCCGCCGGUGGCUCCAACCAGCGCACGCCUUCCUCCGCCCAUAACAAGCGCAACAAUCGAAAUCGCAAGCACAACCCACAGACCGACGGCACCGUCUCGGAUGGUGCACUUGCACAUCCAGCGUCUCCUCGAGCAAAGAAGCCACAAAAUCAAGCACACCAGCAGAGACAAAGUGUAGCAGGCGCUAAAGCGGUACCCAUUCCACAAAACGGCAACAUGGGCAACGCAAAUGGUCAAAAGCCACGACCGGUCUCCGUGGGUGGGAAUCUCAUACCCAUGACUCCAGCGAAAGAGCAGGCAUAUGCAGCGAGUGCGUUUCAGGCUUCGCCGGCACCUUCUUCACUUCCUAUGCCCAAGUUCUUCUCCAAGUCUGUACCGAAUGCGGCAGACCCUUCGUCUCUACAAGCGCCGACGGGAGAUCGCAUGCAAGAUGGGCAGACCUCGUCGCCAGAGUCGGACAACAUCUCGCCGGCUCCGCCUCCACGAGAAGCGCAACAAUCACCUUUGGACUUCUUCUUUAAGGCGGACAGAGCUGAGAAGGAGCGAAUGAGGAAUGGGAGCGCACCCACGUCCCUAGGUUCUGAGGCACGGUUUGCGCCUCCUCCUAGAGGGUAUGCCAGUGGAUCACAACACUUUGGCAAGAACAUGUUCAUGCAAGAGCUUGACGGGGACGAUACAGACAUGCCCAGCCCACGAACGAUACCACCGAAUAACCGUCCACCUACAAAUCGUCAGUACUCUUCGCCUGCUCUCUCUGCUCGUCCAGGUUCCAGCGAUCAAGAGCGACAGGCACACACCAAGGCUCUCAAGGAUCAGCUCUUCAGCAUUGCUGCCACCCCUCCACGCGAGCACUCUCGUCCCAGCUCCGGCUCGCAGACUCCUGACGGUGUAUUCGGAUCUCCUUCACCCUUGCAGCGGCCUGUGUCAGGGCCAUUGACUCCACAAUCCUCCUCCGACCCUCAGCAGAGUCAGUUCUUGCAUUACAACAGCCGAAUGAACCUCUCACCCGUAUUCCAAAAAUUCCGUUCCGAUACGCCGCCGCGCCAGUCUGCCCUUCGCCAGGAAUUGCCUAACGAUGUGGUUUCAAGCGCUGACAGUGCUGUCGACUCGCAGGCCAACUAUCCUCGUCCGCCAUCAAAUGAUUCUCAAGCUUUUGCACGUUCUUAUCUGAAGGAGCAGAUUCGCACCUCGGGGCCAGCAGAGCUGCCGCAGUUUCCUUGGAAGAACGGUCCGGCACCGGUUCAACAUCCAAGAAGUAAUGAGGGCUCUGGUCCUGUUCCUAUUCGUUCUCAGCCCGUUCACGCACAGCAUGGAGUUCCGUCUUCUACGACACCGCGGUCCAAUGGAUCGAAGGAUAUUAAGGGAAUGGAAGAUGAUUUACGAAAAAUGCUAAAGAUCAAUGAUGUUUUGGGUUAA